AUGUUGAAUGAACCGCGCUCUCUUCCAUAUAUAAGCCGUCACUUCUUCCCCAAUCGGAGAGGCCCGCGAUUGGCUGAGCGGCUGCUCGUUGGAAAGCCCCGCGACACGCUGGCACUCCCGCGUCUUGGCAAUACAUUUUUUGGGGUAUUUUUCCUCUCUCUGACUCCCCCAGAUAAUCAUGAGUGGGACAUCCCAGAGUGGGAGGGUUUGGACUCGCGGUAUGAACACUGCUGCUUUGUCCCAGAAAGCUGUCCUCAGAGCCUGUGGGUGUUUGGAGGGGCACAGCAGAGCGGCAACCGCAACUGUAUCCAGAAUGUACAGCUAACAGACAGUGGGUCUUCCUGGAAGAGUGUAUCUGUGAAUGGUAAACCCCCCAGCCCGAGAACAUACCACACCAGCUCCGCCUGCCUCGGGGACAGACUGUACGUCUUUUCGGGUGGGGAAGCAGGAGCUGCACCUGUCGCAGACCCCACACUUCACGUCUUUGAUACAGCCUCUUCCGCCUGGUCCCAACCGGAAACACAAGGCAGACAGCCGCCAGACAAACAUGGCCAUGUUAUCGUAGCAGCAGGUUCAAAGAUCUACAUCCAUGGGGGCAUGGCCGGGGACAAAUUCCACAAUGACGUGGUCUCUCUCGAUACAAGUAAGACUGAUCACUCCUGA